AUGCCGCCGCCACGAUCAUCAAAGUCCACCUUCGCGACGACGACCUUGCUCGCCCUAUCCAGCUUUCUCUCCGGUCGCGCGCAUGGAUUUCUGGAAGAGCGAAGAAAUCUCGGCUACGGGAUAGUUUCCCAAGAGGAGGCUGACAUGAUCAACGAAGACAACAAGCUGCACUUCGAGGAGUUGGCAUACGUGAAUCGCUUGGGCUUUGGGCUCUGGAUGGCGGAUGAGCGCAAGGUGGAAGAGAUUGGCAAGGUGUGGAUCCCGAAAUCGUAUCAGAAGGUGGCUUCGGAUGGUCAGGUGGAGCAGCAAGACUUGUGGGCCGACGACGAAGAUGCCAUCGUAAAGUAUAUCGAGUCCUUGACGUUAGAAGAGCCCGAGAGAGCGCUGCGCUUGUCGUGGGUUGAGGGUAUCCCGUGGCAGCUGCAGAUGGUUAUUCCAGCGAAUGUGGUAACGAAUAAUGAUUUGGAUUUCUGGGCUAAGUGCUUUGAAUCAGAAGAUGCGCUGAUGGACUUCUCGGACGAUGUUAAUGAUUGGGAAGCUUGGAAUAUCACAGGAGAUCGUGGAGAGUAUAGCGAAUAA